AUGUACUGGAUCCGGUCGAAAAAGCUGCGCGAGCGGCUAGCGCUCGGAUUCGGUGCCCUGCUCGUCCUCUUCACGCUACUGCUCGUGGUCGACCUGCAGAUGGAUCUGGGUGUGUCCAGGGGUGAGUUUAUCCCGUCACACGCCCGUAUCCGGUACGCGAAUCAGCAGGAUCGCAGCGGCAUCUACAACGAGUUUCACCGGAAGUAUCUGGCGAAAAGCAAUGCAUCCGGCUCGAAGGAAUAUCUAACGACAAAUGCGCAAGCCCAACACCGCGGACACACCGACACAUCCGGUCCGGGAUAUCCCGGCAAGUCGGCAUCAACUACCACCGUUCCACCACCGCACGAUCGCUUUAAGGAUCUAACGGCGUUAGUGGUGGCACCGCGUGCAAGCAAACAUCGUGCCCCACAACCCUUCGAACGGAUUAUUGUACGCGAAGAAUCGUACACGGACGAUCCAAUCGAUGAGGAUGAAGCAAAUCCAACGCUCGGCGAACUGUUGGACCUGCGGCCCAGUCCAAAUGCAUCCAACCUAGAGCGGUUUCAGUUGCGUAUCUCCAAGCGCGAACUGUACAGCCGGGAGGACACGCUCGUGAAUGCGGUAAUCGACGACAUGAUCCGGCUACCCAUCCUGCACGUGGUACAGAAGGAAGGUGGCACACAGCUGAAGCUGAUCAUCGACUAUCCGAACGAUGUGCACGCACUCUUCAAACCGAUGCGAUUCCCGCGUGAACAGCAAACCCUCCCGAAUCAUUUCUACUUCACCGAUUACGAGCGACACACGGCCGAAAUUGCGGCCUUCCACCUCGACCGGUUGCUCGGCUUCCGGAGAGCAAUGCCGGUGACGGGGCGCAUCCUUAACAUCACCACCGAAAUCUAUCAGGUGGGUGAUGAGGUUCUACUGAAGACGUUCUUCGUAUCGCCGUCCAGCAAUCUGUGCUUCCACGGCAAGUGUUCGUACUACUGCGAUACGUCACACGCAAUCUGUGGCAAUCCGGACACGCUGGAAGGUUCGUUUGCCGCCUUUCUGCCGACGCAGGACGACACGCAGCGCAAGGUGUGGCGUCAUCCGUGGCGCCGCUCGUACCACAAGCGCCGAAAGGCACAGUGGGAAACGGACUCCGACUACUGCACGAUGGUGCGUGACAUUCCACCGUACGACGAGGGUCGCCGGCUGCUCGACCUGAUGGACAUGUCCGUGUUUGACUUCCUCACCGGCAACAUGGACCGGCACCAUUACGAAACGUUCAAAAUCUUCGGUAACGACACGUUCCCGAUACACCUUGACCAUGGCCGUGGGUUCGGUAAACCGUUCCACGACGAGUUGUCCAUAUUGGCGCCGGUACUGCAGUGUUGCUUGAUCCGAGCGUCCACAUUAGAAACGCUGUUGCGGUACCACAACGGUCCGAAACCACUGUCGGAAGCGAUGCGUGAAUCGAUGGCGAUCGAUCCAAUUGCGCCCGUACUGUGGGAACCACAUCUGACGGCGCUGGAUCGGCGCGUGGCCAUUGUGCUGCAGGCUGUGCGAGACUGCAUAAGGAAAUCGACGGAAGAUGAGGUGGCCGGUGGUAUUCCCGAGGUUCCGAACGUGCUCGGCGAGACGGAUACGGUGCCAAGGAAUGGGUUCUACCGUUCCUAGCGACUGGCGUACCGGCGAAGGACGGAUCUGCAGGAGCGGCAUGCCCGGCUGCACGCCAUUAAUCGAUACUCGAUGGUGGGGGAUCCCGCGAACCGUCCGCUUCAGUAUCACCAGCAACAUCAGCAACAACACCACCACCACCACCACC